UCCUAAUGCAGCUGUAUCUUGCUCUGAUUUCAUUCUGUAUCUACCAUUCAGAACCAAACUUAAAAUGAGAAACCAGCUUCUAAAGUUUCUCGUUUCAUUACUGAUAUUAAUAGAUAAUUGCCUAGCUGCUGUCUUACCAGAAACACUUCGUCGGGAAUUGAAAUGGGGACAGGUAAACAUUCUUCAUACAACAGAUAUGCAUGGUUGGCUUGCUGGACAUGCACAUGACAAACGAUACUCUGCAGAUUUAGGGGAAUUUGUUUCUUUCAUCCAUCGUAUGAAACAAUUGGCUCAAGAAAAAGACGUCGACCUGCUUGUCAUUGACACUGGUGAUCUUCACGAUGGGACAGGUUUAUCAGACCUCACAGAUCCUCCUGGCUCUUGGACAAACGAUUUAUUAACAAAUGUACCUUAUGAUCUGCUUGUGGCGGGAAAUCAUGAACUAUACUUGCCAAUUGUCAUGAAUGAUACAUACCAUAAUUUUAUACCUUUUUGGAAUGGGCGAUACUUGGCCAGUAAUGUGGAUAUAUACGAUGAAGAAGCUGGUAUGUAUGCAUCUUUUGGGGAAAAAUAUGCUGUCUUUGAAACUCCCCACAAUGUUCGGAUCCUUAGUCUUGGUUUCGUGGGUUCAUUUUCAGGUGGAUCCGACAAAGCCCGGGUCCUUUCAAUGGAGGCUUCUCUUCGGCAGCCUUGGUGGAAUGAAUUACAAGAAUUGAAAGACAUCGAUUUAAUUUUAAUUGCUGGUCAUUUUCCUGUACAUGACUCUUCUGAACUAGAUCUACUACUUCUAAAACUUCGAAAGGAAUUUCCAGAUACUAUAAUUCAAGUCCUGGGGGGUCAUUCUCAUAUCCGCGACUAUGCCGUAUACGAUGAAAAAGCUACUGGGCUUCAAUCAGGACGUUACUGCGAAACAGCUGGUUGGGCUUCUAUUCGAGGUGUUCCUUCCUUUACAUCUUCGAAAGUUAACCCAAUCUCUUCUUAUUCUGUUUUUUCGUUAUUUUCUCCAUUAAUCAAUUAUCCCAGGAAAAUAUUGGAAGCCUCUUAUAUUUUUACCAAUCCUUCCAAAUUUUCCCGUUCUUACAUUGACUGGAAUAGAAAAGGAUUUGUGUUCCACUCCAAAGUCCACGAGUCCAAGUUUGAUACAAGUGAAGGGUUAGAACUUUCACACCAAAUUGCGGAUGCCAGAAGGCGACUAAACUUACUUGAUCCUUUGGGUUGCUCUCCGAAAGAUUACGGAUUUUCAGAAGUUCCUCGAAAUGCAUCCAACUCUAUAUAUAAUCUUUUUGAAAGCGAAAUAUUUCCAAAGAUAAUUGUCAACAAGUCAAGAAGCCAUAUGCCUCACUAUAUCAUUUUAAACACAGGCGGAAUUCGUGGUGGUCUGCAGCAAGGCUCCUUUGGUUUGGAUGAAUUAUUUCAAGUUUCCCCUUUUAAAGGAAAUGUUUUUUAUGUUUUGAAAAGCAUCCCCUGGUUCAUUGUGAAGGACCUUCCUUACUGGCUUGAGCAUAGUGGAUAUCUUAGUAUUUUUGAUAAAUCUUCUACUUUACCUGGUGAUUCCAAUACCGUUACUGAGACUUUAACUUAUACAAAAUCAGAACCUAAAAAGGUGUCCUAUGGCUACUGGACACAUGACGAUAUGGGAGAUGAUGGCGAUGAUACAAUUCAUCUUCCAGUUCCACAUUAUGAUUCCGGAAACUAUUUGUGCUCCAAAGUGAAUAUUCAUCUAGAUAUAGAACAUUAUCCUCAACGAGUUGAUCUCGUGACCACAGAGUUUGUGAUCCCGAGACUAAAUUAUAUUCUUAACAAAUUGGUUGGAAAGGCCUUGUAUACCAAAGAAGAUUGGGAACUUUACUUCUGGCGUGAAGACGGUAGACAUUCUAUGACUGACCUUCUUGCUUUAUAUGCCGAUAAAUAUUGGGAUAAAGAAUGCUUUUCCUCAACUUAGACACAGCCGAUGGCAUAGCUAAUUCUUCUCCCCCCUUUUUUUUUUCUACAACAGAAGAUAUUACGAUCUUAUGAGUAUUUUAUGAUUAUUUGAUUAUAUGAAUGAUAACAAGGAAUGA